AUGUUAACUGCAGACAUUAAUAUAGAACUAUCGCGCAGGAACUAUCGCGUAGCGAAUUUUAAGACUGGAGUGUAUAUGAAGUUUAAGGAACUAAAACGCGGUAAAAUGAGAAACUUCAGAAUGAAGUCUCAAUUUACGCUUCUUGAUCAAGUCUCAAAACCGUCAAGAUUUCCCAUUGGCAAAAAGUAUCAUAAAACGAUCGAUAAUAUUCAAAGGUCCAACAGAUUCCUCGGUAGAAUGAAUUUAAUCAACGGACCAUUGCCAUUACAGGACGAUUGUAACAAGAUGUAUUUGAGGCAAA